UGUUUAUUCAUAUUACUUUGAAUUUCUUAUAUAGAAUGGCUGAAAACUGUCGUCCUCAACGGUCGGUAAGGCCCCCGUUACGCCAUUUAGAUAUGGUUGCACUGCCAUCAACAUCAUUUUCCGAUGAGCACGAUGUUGGCGGUAGUUACGUCGGUAACGGCAAUAUCGAUGAUGUAUCGGCGAUUCGAGCUGCGCUCUAUGGUUGUGCUGUUCUUACGGAGACAGAGCAUCUCGUUACCGAAGGCGAUCGUCAACCGAACGUUUUACAUGAUGCAACACAGAACGAUUUUGACGGCCACCACGAUACGGAUACAGAUUUCAACAGACAGACUCAAUACAAUGAACAAAACUAUGACGACGUAAAUGACGAUUCGAAUAGACGAAAUCAAGACAACGGACGAAACCAUUACAAUGGACACGGGAAUAUUUUAAAUAGACAAAAUCAAUGCGACGGACAUAAAGAUUUUACAAAUGGACAAAACCAUGAUGGACGUGAGGACACUACAGACGGACUAAAUCACUACAACGGACCUGACCAACAGAACGAUAUAACAGAUGGACGGCACGAACCAGAGCUUUUGGUGAGCAGCCUUCUAGAUCUGACGAGAACUAGUCGAGGAGUGUCAACAUCGCCCGAAGAUUCUCGAGUUUCUCAUUUUCACGAUUCACCGCAAUCUAUUGAAAAAUCGGCUGUGGUCCCAACGCCCUUAUCGACCGAGUCAACUACUCUUCGGAAAAUUUUAAAGAUAGUAACUCGUAUGGAACAAGAGCAUAAGUAAGUGGACGAACUAUUCCUAAAUUUCAUAUGAAUUAAAAUACUAAAAACUGAUUGAAGAAUGAACAUAUAUAAAGCAGAUAAGAAAUGAUAUUUAAUUUCACCUACAAAUUAUUUUUUCAGCAAUUUCAGAAACGAACUGAAAGAUGCGUUGAUCGCCUUGGCAAGACGUUUCGACUCGGUAAGCGGAGCCGAAUAUCCCGAGAAGCCUGAGUGUUUACCUCUGCGGAAAAUUUCACAACUGCAGAAAUACGAAAACUGCACGGAGGAGGAGCAUAAUAGAGUGAUUCAUUAUCUGAGUUCGUUGGGAGGUACCGAUCCACGGAGUUGUGCUUCCAUCAUGAUUAAAGAGGCGAUACACGAUAAACUAGCUCCCAAAAUCAAUUUCUACGGAC